CUGCCGCCCUCAUAUAUGUGGGCCCCUUUGACUUUGGAUAUCAUCUGCGGUUUUUCUCUUUGGCGGAGGGGGGAUUAAAGUGGGUGUACUUCCUGUCCUCACUCCCGAUCUGUAGGUGUGGGUGAUGCCCCUUGUCUUGGUCUGUCAACCAUUAAACUUCAGCAGGACAGGAGGAAUUGCUGGAGUCGGGAGUUUGAAAGAUCUUGGGUUGAUUUUCAGCAGGACGGGGGUGGGUGGAGGUGUCAGGAAGAGAAGAAGACGGAGGUAGCGAACGGGAGGUGGUAUUGGGUGAGGAGCUGGAUUGAGGAAAGCGAAUGGCAGCUUUCUGGGAAAUGGGAAAAUAAGCUGCGAUUUGAGGUUUGUCGCGGCUUAUCGUCCAGUAAGGGCAGUAGAGAGGGUUUAAAUUUUUUUUUAAAGUAAGGAAGACUUUCAGUUAUUGUUGAGUUUCUUGUCUGGUCUUGUACCAACCAUUGCUGACGGGUUAUAAACGUGCAGGAGCAAUGUGUGGUUAUGUGCCUUGCUCAAGGACACAACACGCCGCCUCGCCUGAGGCUCGAACUCGCGACCUUCAGAUCACUAGUCCAACACCUUAACCACUUGGCCAUGCGCCACAGACAUUUGGCCACACUUCCGUUAGGUGCAUGAAGGAUUUUUUUUGGGGGGACAGAUAUCAGAUAUUGUGGGCUGUUUAAGAGAUGGGUACUCUUAGUGUAAAGAUAAUAGGUGUUGGCAUUAAAAACAGUGGGAGCUAGGAAUGUAACAGCAAGGAAUUAUGACAGUGGAUUUGGGGGCUGCAACCACAGGACUCCAAGAACCAAGUUACAAAUAGUUCAGCCGGGGGAAAAGUUGUGGACGCUAAAUGGCUUUCAUGGUGCAUGUGUCAGCAGAAAAGAGCAAAUUUUCACAAACAUGAGAAAACCUGCAGAUGCGGGAAAUCCAAAGCAACACACACAAAAUGCUGGAGGAACUCAGCAGGCCAGGCAGCAUCUAUGGAAAGAGUGCACAGUUGACGUUUCGGGCUGAGGUCCUUCACCAGGACUGGAAGAACAUCAAAGGUGGAGGAAUUGCGACUGGGUAUCUCAGAUGGAAUAUCACAUCAGAUCGACACCCCACUCAGCUCCCCAGCACCUGAAUAUUAUCGGCCUGUGAACGUGGAAGGAGAGAUGCUGGUUUGUUUCACUUCAGACCCCAGGCAGUGAGGGCUGUUGCAGGGCACCGAUUGUGACACAUUGGGGAGAUGACACACUGUGUAUGGCAGGGAGGGAAGAAACCACUUUCAUGAGGUUUGCAGAGAAGCCGUGUAACUGCUCCCAGUCUGUGAAGGAGCGGGCAGUGAUCACUCCAGUGCAGAUUGGGAAAGGAACACCCACUGCAACGAGAGACCGUGUGUGACACGCUGGGGGAGGUGAGCUCACCUGAUCUGUGACUGGGAAUGUGUUCAUCACAUCCUUGUUUCUGCACCAGCGAAACAUUCCUUCUUUUGACUGAGGUAAACUUGAUCCAUUAUCCUGAGAAUAUUCAAAUCAUCUUUCCACCUGUUUCCAUUUGAAGAAGGUAAUUAAUUCGGUCAUCUUUUUACUGACUGAUCACUGAGAUCCCGAGGAAACAUUGUCACCCUCUUCAGGCGCACGAAGAGACUCACUCAGUCAUUCGAUUCACUCGCUCAUCCCACUUGGUGAAACACCAGCGAAUUUACACCAGGGAGAGGAUCUUAUUCUGGAAGAGUGUUCAUUCAGUCAUCCAACCGCCUGACACAUCUGACUGCGGGCAGAACUUCAAGUAACCCGGCGACCUGAUGAACCACCAGCAAAUUCCCGCCAGGGAGAGGCCGUUCACCUGCUCUCACUGCGGUAAGGUUUUCAAGAAUUCCUUCAGCCUGCAGCGGCACCAGCGAGUCCAUACCGGAGAGCGGCCGUUCACCUGCUCCGAUUGCGGGAAGGGAUUUGCUCAGUCGUCUGAUCUUCUGAUGCACCAGCGAAUUCACACCGGGGAGAGGCCGUUCACCUGCUCUGAGUGUGGGAAAGGAUUCACUUUGUCAUCUGGCCUUGUGAGACACCAACGAAUUCACACUGGGGAGAGGCCCUUUGCCUGCUCCGAGUGUGGGAAAAGAUUCAUUCGUUCAUCCGAGCUUCUCACACACCAACGGAUGCACACCGGGGAGAUGCCUUUCACCUGCUCUGAGUGCGGGAAGGGAUUCACUCGGUCGUCUGGCCUUCUGACACACCAACGAAUUCACACUGGGGAGAGGCCCUUUGCCUGCUCUGAGUGCGGGAAGGGGUUCAUUCGGUCAUCCCAACUACUAACACACCAGCGAAUUCACACCGGGGAGAGGCCUUUCACCUGCUCCGAGUGUGGGAAGGGGUUCACUCAAUCGUCUGUCCUUCUGACGCACCAACGAAUUCACAGCGGGGAGAGGCCGUUCACCUGCUCUGAGUGCGGGAAAGGUUUCACACAGUCGUCCGAGCUUCUGGCGCACCAACGGAUUCACACUGGGGAGUGGCCCUUUGCCUGCUCCGAGUGUGGGAAAGGGUUCAUUUGGUCGUCACAGCUUCUGGCGCACCAACGAAUUCACACCGGGGAGAGGCCAUACACUUGCCCAGAAUGUGGGAAGAACUUUGCUCGAUCAUCUCACUUCUGGAGGCACCGACGGACUCACACUGAAGGGAAAGUUUAAGUGUGCAGAACAUAAGUGGGGCAUUUAAACAAUGCCGCUGCUGAGAGAGCGGUGAGUUCACAAGUGACUGCAGGAACUGAUUCUGCCGUUAUUGCUGCUGUUGAUCACAUCCAGGUUUGGACCCUGGCUACUGGGCACAUUUGGGUUGUUUCCCCUGGAACUGCAGGUACAUUUGUCUUCUGCAUCGAUUAUAAAUAAAUCUGUUCUGUGUGGACGAACUGAGCUUGAGGAGGAUGUGAAGAGACUUUGAGGGGAUGUGAACGAGAUGAAGGGUUGGGCAAGAACACGGCAGAUGGGAGACAAAUAUGGGAAAAAGGAAGUUCAUCGACCUCAGUAGGAAACUCGCGAUGUUAAAGGGAUCACGGGAUAUCAGAUGACACUGUCCGGUCACCGUCAGGUGUGACCUUGCUGACUGGUGGGGCAGGUGAGAGGGGCUGAAUGGCCUUUACCUGUGGUACGAUGGUCACACAAAGCAGGGAGCACAACACCGAGGGUCCAGCAGCAUCUGUGGAGGCAGAAGGUUUGAGUCAACAGUCUGGGUCUCCUGACGCUUGGUCUCGAAAUUGAAACUUUAACUUCUACCUUUUUCCUCCACGGGCACUACUCAACCUGCUGAGCAAAUUCAGUGUCCUGUUUUGUUGUUCCAGGGUCCGACAUCUGGUCCGCCUGGGAAAUUGGGCCAAGGACUGCAGGGGGAGCUCAGUGUUGCAUUUGGGAGGUGAAACCGGGACAGGACUGGCACAGUGAAUGCAGUGUCCUGGGGAGCACUGCAGGACAGAGAGACCUCCGUGUACCGAGUUCCCUUAAAGUGUUAAUGUGGAUAGACGGGGUGAUGAAGGCGUUUGGCACACUCAGGCACCUCAUCGGUCAGGGGACUGAGUGCAAGAGUCAGCAGCUGGGUUGCAACUGCACAAGAUGUCGGUGAGACCUCACAGAGUUUAUGUACAGUUCUGGUCACCUAAAAUAGGAAGGACAAAGGCAGAAGUGUAAAUGGAGGUUCACGAGAGCGAUACCAGGAAUGAGUUACAUAGAGAGACUCAAUAGAGCACAGAACACUGCAGCACAAUACAGGCCCUUUGGCCCACGAUGUUGUGCCAAACUUUUAACCUACUCUAAUAUCCAUCCAAUCCUUCCUUCCUACAUGGCUCUCCAUUUUUCUACCAUCCAUGUGCCUAUCCCAAGAAUUUCGGAAAUGGCUCUGCCACGUCUGCCCGGGGGUUCCACACUCGACACUCUGUACAGUUCUCCUUCAAGAUUACGGUACUCGUGCCUGCAGCGAAUACCUUGAGCAAAACACACAAAAUGAUGUCAGACAGCAUCAGUGGAGGGAAUGAACAAUCACUGUUUCGGGCCGAGACACUUCAUCAGGACUGGAAAGGAAGGGGGAAGAAGCCAGAAGAAUAAGGUGAGGAAUUGGAAACACAAGACUGGGUGAACCCUGCCUAUCACCUCUCCCUGGUUUCCCUUCUCUCUCCUUCUGUUCUCCUCACGUGCCCUUUCACCUCCCUGUGGUGCCCCUCCUCCCUCCAUUUCUUCUGUCUCCUAUCAGAUUCCUCCUCCUCCCUUGUCUCUUUAUCCCUUCCACCUAUCCCCUCCCAGCUUCUUACCUCAUACCCACCUUACCCCUCACCUGGUCUAACCUAUCACCUGCCAGCUUCUUACCUCAUACCCACCUUACCCCUCACCUGGUCUAACCUAUCCCCUCCCAGCUUCUUACCUCAUACCCACCUUACCCCUCACCUGGUCUAAUCUAUCACCUGCCAGCUUCUUACCUUAUACCCACCUUACCCCUCACCUGGUCUAACCUAUCCCCUCCCAGCUUCUUACCUCAUACCCACCUUACCCCUCACCUGGUCUAACCUAUCACCUGCCAGCUUCUUACCUCAUACCCACCUUACGCCUCACCUGGUCUAACCUAUCACCUGCCAGCUUCUUACCUCAUACCCACCUUACGCCUCACCUGGUCUAACCUAUCACCUGCCAGCUUGUACACCUUCCCAUUCCCCCACCUUCUGCCCACUAUUAUUCCAGUGCUGAGGAGGAGUCUCGGUCCGAAACAUUGAACGUUUACUGCCCGCCGUUGAUGCUGUCUGACUUGCUGAGUUCCUCCAGCAUUUUGUGUGAGUUGCUCAAGAUUUCCAGCAUCUGCAGAAUCUCUUGUGACUGUGCAGUGACACCUUGCGACUCUGAGGCGCGAGAGCACCUCCCCGAGGCAGGGCAAAGAUUCCACAUCUGUACAAGUUCCUGCUUAGACAACAGAAAGAACCUGGGCCAGUACUGACCAUGGCAUUUUAGGAAGGCAGCAGCAGCCUGGAGAAGAUUUACCACCAAAAACAGCAUGGAGUGAAUGGGGGAAAAAUUAGAUCAGACUUAUUAAAAUACAUCAACAAUCUAGCAACAGCUUCUUACUGUCUGAAAUCAGAUUUCGCAACAUCCAUAAAGUCAUUAACACUACCUCAUUUAUCUUUCAAACUAUUUAUUUAUUUAUUGAUUGUAAGCUAUACUAAUUUUUCUGCCUUCUAGUGUACUGCUGCCUGUUUGAUGGCUGACAGGGUUUUGGGAGAGUGCACCAACUCUGCCCCAUCUGAGAACCGAUCCUCGGCUCGGCUUUGGUGUUGGCUGAAGUCACAGGCCAGCACGCCACUCCUUCCUGUCCCCCGGUCUCCCUCCACCAGGGCAGGGAACGAAACCCGUUGUGUUCCUGCUUCCUGCCUCAUCCUUCCGAGACACUGGCUCGGGCAUGCUUGGCUUUGCGCAUGCUCAGAACCCACCGUAGAACUUCAGUUUGGAUUAUACUGAGAGGAUGCUUACUGGGUAAAACUAGAUGCCAUGGAAAGUCAGUAUCAAGGAUCAAGGUUAUUUGUUGUUAUUCUUCAGUACAUGAGUACAAAGAAGAACAGAAUUAUUAUUUCUCCUUAUCCAAUGCAGCAUAAACACACAAUAAGCACAAAAUACACAAUAAAAAUAUUGUUGUAAAUCCUAUUGCAAUUUAUAGUGUUUUUUUUAAUGUACUGCACUGAACUACUGCUGCAAAAGAUCAAAUUUCAUGACAUGCGUGAGUAACGAUAAACCUGAUUCUGUCCAUCCCCUCUCCUCAGGGAUCACUCUCUCCCAAAUCUUCUCCUCCCCACCCAUUUCUACAGGGGUCACCCUCUUCAUGACCUGCUGCUGUUCAUUCAUUCCUGCUGAGUACCAAAGCAAAGAUUCUACAUUUUCAUUAAAGCCAUAAGAUAUAGGAGCAGAAUUCGGCUAUUUGACUCACCGAGUCUGCUCCACCACUUGAUCAUGGCUGAUCCAUUUCCUUCUCAACCCCAAUAUCCUGCCUUCUCCCCGUAUCCCUUCAUGCCCUGACUAACCAAGAAUCUAUCAACCUCUGCCUGAAGUAUACUCAAUGACGGUCUCCACAGCCAUCUUGGGCAAUAGAUACACCACUCUCUGGCUAAAAGAAUUGCUCCUCAUGUUCUAAAUGGACAUCCUUCUGUUCUUGAGUCUGUGACCCCUGGUCUUAGACUCUCCAUCUGUAGGAAACAUACACUCUGUCUAGGCCUUUCAACAUUUGAUAGGUUUUAAUGAGGUUCCCACUGAUUCUUCUGAAUUCCAGAAAGCCGAGGCCCAGAGCCAUCAGAUGCUCCUCAUAUGAGAAGCCUUUCAAUCCCAGAAUCAUUUUCGUGAACCUCCUUUGAACCCCUCCAAUGUC